UGCAUAUGUGUGUCUGAUCCUGUUGGCACAAGCAGUCAGGACAUCUCUAGAGUCCUGACACAUCAUGGGAAGCACGGCUCAAGGUUGAGCUGUCAUACUGGGGCCACCCACAAAGGUGUGGCCAGCCCCCUGACUGCCACAUGGCCCAGUGAUGCCUCAUUCUGGGCAUGAGCUGUAGCUGGAUGAGAAAGAGUAAAGCCCUCUCAGCCCUUUGUAAGCAGGGAUGCCCUGUGCUGGUGACAACAGGGUCUCUGGCAUAAGGUUGAUAUGCAUCAGUCCACAGUACUGCUCCUGUUUCUUGCUGACACAGGAGAGAGCCAAAGGGCUGUGAGAGGCCAUCCAGACAGGUGUCCUUAGCCGUUUUGGAUAUCAGACCCCUCUGAUAAUCUGAUGUCUACCUUGGACCCUGUCCCUGCACAUAAAAUUUAGUUGAUUGCAUUGGAAAUUAAUUUUAUUAUAUAGAUUAGAAAAAUAGUCUUUAUGAAGAAUCAUGUUUCUUGAUAUUUCAUGCAAAAAAUGUGAACUUCUACUAGGAUGGCUAUAAUCAAAAGGAUGAACAAUAACAAGUGUUGACAAAGAUGUGGAGAGAUUGGAACCCUCCUCCCUUGCUGGUAGGAAUGUAGAAUGGUGCAGCUGCUUUGGAAAGCACUUUGGCAGUAACUCAUAAAGUUAAACCCAGCAGUUCCACUCUAGGUAUAUAUCCAAAAAAAUUGAAAACAUAUGUUCAUACAGAAACUUAUACAUGAAUGUUCAUAGCAUUAUUCACAAUAGCCAGAAAGUAGAAAUGAAUGAUGAAUAAAUAAGUAAAUGUGGUGUGUCCACACAAUGAAAUAUUACUCGGCCAUAAAAAGGAAUGACGUACUGGUACUUGCUAUAACAUGGAUAACCUUGAAAAUAUUAUGUUUGGUGAAAUAAUCCAGUUACAAAAGAUCACAUGUUGUAUGAUUCCAUUUUAUACAAAAUGUCCAAAGUAGACAAAUCCACAGAGACACAAAGUAGAUUAGUGGUUGCCAGAGGCUGUGGGGAGGAAGGAAAGGCAUGAGAUUUCUUUCUGGGGUGAUGAAAAUGUUCUGAAAUUAGAUAGCGGUGAUGUUUCACAACUUGGUGAAUGUACUAAAAACCUCUGAUUUUUUUUUUUAAAGGAAAAAAAAAGAAUUAAAAACAACAUGAACUUCCUUAAAUUAAAAAUUUUGUGGUUAAAUUAUAAUCAUGAUUAAUUUCAUCAAAAAUAAAUUUCAGUGCUCUUUUAAGAACUAUUUAUACGGGCUUAGAUUGACAAUAGGAACUCGAAAGAUAGGGACCUUGGGGCAGUGAGUUUAUGUUUAUGCGAGAGGAGUAACUCAGAGAGGAGGGUGGGAAUGAUGACACAACUGGACGAAUCCAUCCAUUGUCACUAUAUAGUACAUGUGGAAACUGUUGAAUUGGUGUAUAUUUUGCUGUGUAUAUUCCCAACAACAACAAAAUAAAUAAAGUUAUCUAUAAAAAAAAAAUGACAGUGAGUAGAAUACUCUGUGACUUGACUUAGAGGUUGAAAUUGGGAAUUUUCUUUGAUGCGGCAGCAGAUAAUUUCUCUCUGACAUCAGAUCGGUUCAGCAGCACGUGCUUUACACCCUGAGCUGAAGCUUUGUAAGGGCCCACAUGUUCCAGCUUUCUUCAGAACUUAACUCUGCAGUAUGAUAAGCAGCAUUGCAAGUUACUUCAAGCAAAAUGAAAUUGUGCUCCCAGGAGGCAAAGAGUCCGAAGAUGGAACUACACAGCCACUCAGAUGUCCCUUUCCAGAUGCUGGAUGGCAACAGUGGUCUGAGUUCUGAGAAGAUCAGCCACAACCCCUGGAGCCUGCGGUGCCACAAGCAGCAGCUGAGCCGCAUGCGCUCCGAGUCCAAGGACCGAAAGCUCUACAAGUUCCUUCUCCUUGAGAAUGUGGUGCACCACUUCAAGUACCCUUGCGUGCUGGACCUGAAGAUGGGCACCCGGCAGCACGGUGAUGAUGCAUCUGCUGAGAAGGCGGCCCGGCAGAUGAGAAAGUGUGAGCAGAGCACGUCUGCUACACUGGGUGUCAGGGUUUGUGGUAUGCAGGUGUACCAGCUGGACACAGGGCAUUACCUCUGCAGGAACAAAUAUUAUGGCCGCGGGCUCUCCAUUGAAGGCUUCCGCAACGCCCUCUACCAGUACCUGCACAAUGGCCUGGACCUGCGGCGUGACCUCUUUGAGCCCAUCUUGAGCAAACUGCAGGGCCUGAAAGCUGUGCUGGAGCGGCAGGCCUCCUACCGCUUCUACUCUAGCUCCCUGCUGGUCAUCUAUGACGGCAAGGAGUGCCGGGCUGAGCCCUAUGUGGACCGCUGGUCUGAGAUGCGUCACAAGCACCUGGACACGGGGCUCUCAGAGGUGGCAUCACCCUGUGGCUCCAGCACCAGCCCCAGCAGCACCAGCCCUGAGGCAGGCCCCUCCUCUCCGCCCAAGGUGGACGUCCGCAUGAUCGACUUUGCACACAGCACGUUCAAGGGUUUCCGGGAUGACCCCACUGUGCAUGACGGGCCGGACCGAGGUUAUGUGUUUGGCCUGGAGAACCUCAUCAGCAUCAUGGAACAGAUGCGGGACGAGAACCAGUAGGCCCAGCUCCGGGCCCCCAGAACCUCUUCCUCUUCACCCACAGGCAGGGACCAUCGCUCUGAACUCGCCAUGAGGACACACAGACUUUGCUUUUAAAGGGUUAUAUUUCUCUUUGGUGUAAACUAAAAGAAAUGUUUUUAGCUGUAGCCUGGAAUCCAUAUAUAUAAAGUGAGGAGGGCAGAACACGUAUCCUCCCAGCCAGGCUCCUUAGCUCUACCGCUCUGACUGCUGUGUCCAGGCUAAUGUAGGAAGGAAGAGGUGCCCCUGGUGGGCUUGGCACCAGGGACAAGGGUACCCUUGGACACGGGUGUCUCUUGCCUAGGUCUUUGGGGUCUGUGACUGUAGAGCCCUGGGGAUUGUAGGGUGAAGCCCUGGGCUAACACAGGGCCUCUCCAUGCCCACUUGUCUGUUGUUUCCCGGACGUAGAGAGGACUGGGUGCCUGUCUCUUGAGGGCUUUCCAGUGUUCUGGCUGUCAGCCAGCUCUUUAACCGAUGUCCCCAGGGUGCCACUGGGCUGACUGCACACAGCUGGACCCUGCUCCUCAGUUCUGACCUUGGUGAGGGGGCCAGAUUCAUGAAUCUGGGUUGAGGCCACUCACGCAGAGGACAGGCCCUUGGGUUCCCUAGGCACUCCUUGGCACUUGAACCUGUUCCUCUGCCUGCUGUCGUGCCCUAACUAGCCUCUUUCACUAAGACCUCUGCCCUUAGAGACCACCCCCUCUUGUCUCCUGAAGGAGGUUCAGCUCUCUUUGCUGAGAAAAGGCAGUGUCCCAGCAGGCCUUAGGGCCUCUGUUGGCUCUGGCCCAGACAGUGUUUGCAGCUCUUGUGCUGUUGGUGGGAGUCUUCCUCUAACGUGGGCAGCUGUGCUGCCUCUGAAUGGGCUGCUUCUUCCGGGUUCAAGGGCUGUAAUCCACUCAGGGUCUCAUAUUUCCCCAGGGUGAGCUCAAGUCCACAGCCCGUGUGAAGAAGGUUCAGGCUCUGGACCUGGAGGAAGAACUUUCUUGUCUGCUCACAGGGACACUGUCUGGGCCCUGGACGUAGGUACCUGGAUUCUGCUAAUGAAAGCUUUGUCUGAUCAGACCUGGGGUCCAUCCGUCUGUCCAUUUGUCCGUCUGCUUGCCCAUCUCUGGGGGUCCCUCCUCGGAGGUGUAGCCUAGCUCAUAAGUAGAUACUGCUUUCCUCUAUACUUUCCUCAGCGAAAUUCCCAUUCUUUCUGAGGUGAGCUUUUGCCCUUGUGCCCUUCCUCAGCAGGUGCUUACCUUUUUAUAAAGAACUGGUAACAGAGUUAUAAGAGGCAUUUCCCUGCUGGCUCAGCACCUUCUUUGUGGGCCUGGUGUGUGGGCCCCCUCAACACUGGCAGUGGUGCAGUGAAGGCCCAAGUGGCAAUCCCCUCCCCCAUGAUUUUAGUCAUUUUUGCUUCCAGCCUUUAAUGACAGACACCUCCUGACUCUAAAGCCCAUGAUCAGCAGGUGAUGCUGCAUCCACCUAACCAUUACCAACCCAUCCAGAGCACCCUAACUUCCAAGCCUAGGGCCACUGCCAUUGUCACUUAGGGCACAUCCCUGUUUUGGCAUUAACGGUAAGCCUGCCAGCCUGUGUCUGUUGAGAGGGCUUGGUAAUGUUGGGCUAAUUUUUCCCAGCUCUUCCCAGUGAGAUGGAGCCUCACUUCUUAAAUGAGCUCCUUGCAUCCCUGCAUCUCUUGGCCUUCUGACCCUGUGCCAGUGGUGGGCAGGUUCCCAUUCCUUGCGGCUGGGAGGAGCAGCUUGCCUGUUUCUGGUCAGUAAUGACCGUUCUCUCUCUUGUACCAUUCUGGAGGUAGUAACUGUUGGCUAGUGUAGACAGUCAUUUCCUGUCAGGACAAAGGACAAGACAUAGGGGUCUGGGGUCACUCUGAACUCCCUUGAUUGAAACUGUCCUGCCUAGCCAUGUGCUGGGACCUCUCGAGUUCCAAGAUUCUGGGAGCAGAUGCUGCCCUCUUCUGCUGCUCCUCAUAGUGAGGGAGGCUGCACCCACUUAACAUUCAGUGUUUUCCUGGCACUAAAAAGAGCAAAAGGGCCCGGGAUUUGCUGCUCUUCCCCCAAGGCAGGGCUUCUCUUUUUAGCACUUUGGACAUCUGAAGGCAAAACCUUGUAAUCUAGGGUGGGGUGGGUUGGUGGGCCUGUUUGUGUGCACACACACAGCUCUUGCCACUGAUGUUUCUCCAUCUCUCCUCCACGCCCGCCACUCCGUUCCAGGCCAGAGAGCCCUGUUCCUGCCAGGGUCUGCCUUCCCAGCCCCAACUUGGGACCAAACUGCAACGCGGGAUCACGGGUUGGGGCGCUCAGGUGACCCCUCUCCAUAGUGCUUCCCAGGGCCAAGCUGACACCAGCCCUCAGGGUAUGGGAGGGGCGAGCAGGGGCGGUGCUUAAGAGGAAGGGGACCAGUGUAACAACUUGCCAGGGGCCCCACCCCUCUCAGGGCUUGUGCAGGGCGCGUGGGGAUUUCCCCCAAGGGGCCAGGGGUCUGGGCUAGAUCUUCAGCCGUUGCUCACGCCUGGCCACAUGCAUGUUCUCUAGAAGCAAGAUUGCUUUGAACUUAUGUUAAUUUCGUUUUGUGACGAUUUAAAAAAUGUUUUAAUGAAAAAAAAAAAAAUCGAGACCCCUAGAAAAGAUCUGCCUGGUUCUUUUGCUUCUCGGGGAACAGUAAGGCCUCGCCUUCUGGAAAUCGCUGCCUGCUCCUCUUUUCUGGAAGCUAAACAAGCCCGUCCACGCUGCCGAGGCCUGCGCCCUGAUGCUACACGUGGCUCCGACCCCGACUCCGCGCAAUUGCGUUUUCGCCGGGACCGCGCGUGCGGAGAGGGGGAGGCUCAGGUGGAGCCCCGCCUCUUCCUGUGCACCUGGCGCUGCCCGCCCCGCUUGUGUCUGAGGUCGUGUAUGUCAAAAUAAAGCCGCUACAAACGGA